AGUGCGCAUGCGCAGUAUCUUUGACGUGUUUUUAUUUUAACACACCAAAUAAUGUGUGAAAAUAAACUCUUCUCGUAUAUUUCAUAAGAUAAUUUUAUUCUUUCAAUACAUACACCUAUCAAACCAGUCAAAAUACCUACAUAGUUAACAAAACACGUUGGCAAUGAUGUCAAGAUACAAACAGCCUAAAAAACUGGAGACCAUAGCACUAAGCAGACUUGGAGAUUGGGUGGCACAACAAGCUGAAGAACAAAUGCUACCUAUUGCAAUGCUAUCGCAGCGCGACACUAACGAAGCACAAACAACACUAUCACGUAAUGUGGAUAGCAUUAGAUCGUACUUAGAUAUAAACGUACCUUGGAUGCUACACGAUCUAUUGGUAAAUGAAACUAUCAGAGCAUUGUCAGAACUCCUUGAGAAAACCAAACAGUCAUUAGGAUUUAGGGGUUGCAUGGGAAAGUUUGUCAGCCAAAUGAACGUAAUUAUUAAAAUGGCAGAAGUAUUAUUUACAAAAAAAUUAACAAUAGUAUCUAUUGAUGCCAUUCCAAAGAUAUUACGUUCAAUAUUUUAUUCUAAGUUAUACAUGCUGAAAGGACUCGUUUCUUUAAACCUAGGUUCACUAUCAGGAGGUUGGAAAACUGCAGAUAUGGAAGAUGCAGUAAUUAAAUCCUUAAAGGAACUACACUGCUUAAAAUAUUUAACUAUGAGUUAUGAUUGUACAAAUAAUAUACUACAAUGUAUCGUUGAAAAUUGUAAAUUCAUAGAAAAAUUGGACGUAUCUUGUUCAAAAUGUAUUACUAAUGAGAGCAUUGAAAUUGUGUCGAAGUUAAAAAAUUUGAGGAGCAUCCAAUUAUACAGAACUUUUGUAACUUUAGACGGUUUUGUAAAUUUACUGUUAAAUUGCAAAAAACUUGAAGAUAUUGGCAGAUGUGACGAUAUCGGGAAAGUUUUAGAGAAUAUUGACUCAAAUUAUGCUGAAUUGUUGACAUUUAAUUUGAAAAUAUAUGUAAGUCGUUACGCGACAAGUAAUCAGUUGCAGUUAGCAGUACAAAUGUGUCCUUAUAUAAGAAGUAUGACCGUUUUCCAUAAUAGCUUGCAAAGUGAUUUAAUGGUUCUUAUAGGUUUAAGAGACCUUACAGAACUGAAAUUAUUAUCAUGUGACUUUUAUGCCGAUCAAAUAAAACAAGUUCUUCAAGUUAAGGGCUGCAAUAUAGUAAAUUUGCAUCUGGAGCAUGUUGACCAAAUUGAUUUAAAUGCUCUUAUGUACAUCAGUCAGAUGUGCCCAUUUUUAGAAAACUUGACUCUUUAUAAUUGCACGUUGAUACAACAUACAUCACUGUAUACAAAAAAACUAGAAAUAUCACCGUUCCGUAAUCUUAAAAAAAUUACCUGUGUUUCUACAUGCACAGAAGAACAGUUACUGUUUAUUUUCACCAAUUGCUUGAAUAUACAAUUCAUUCAUUUAGGGACAGCAAUACAACUCACUGAUGACUUAUUGUUAAAAAUUCUAGACACAAAUCCACUCGUUUAUUUAAAAGAACUGCGAAUUAUGCAAUCAGAUUCUUUGACAAUGAUUUCUGUAGAGAGAAUUAUUCAAAGCUGCAUGAGUUUAGAGAUUUUAGUAGAAUUAGAGAGUUGGUCUUUGUUAACUGAUAAUGAUCGCGAAUACGUAAGAAACUAUAUAAAACUGAACAAUUAUAAUAUCGAUACUUCUCCCAUCAGGAGAUAUGAUUCGUAAAAAAGUAAUAAACAAGUACUUUAAACCUUCGAAAGUAAAAAAAAUGUGGAAUUGCUCACAAACGCUACCUUAUUUGCGAUGCAAGGGUGCACGUAAUGGGGCACGAUAUUUCAGCAAAGACCUAGUACCGACCAGUACCUACCUACCUACUUAUAAAAUAUGCAUUUUCUACUAUUACCAUAAACGCCUGGAAAUGUAGGUACCUAUUAGCCACGAACCAUCACGAAUGCGAGACUUUGAGAAUUGACUAAAAGUAUACAAAGAGAUCCUGCUGAAGAAAUGGCGCUGGACUAGGAUGUUGUGAGACCAGACUUAAUAUCUGCCCAAGCGAGGUCUGGCGUGGCUUACCACCAAGAAGCAUUGAGAAGGAAGCUGUCUCAUUUGGUUUGCUGCGCAAGAUCGAAAGGAGUGGAAAGGCCUUCUGUGAGGCUAAGGUAUACCCUUGAUGAAGGAUAACAUGAUGUCAUCAAUAACAAGACAUCCUUAACGUCGUCAACUGGACCUAUCCAAGAACCUAGCUGGGGCCCGAUUCUACUAAUUUUACUUAAGCGACAUACGAUUCACGUUCGACUGCGAUCCAAUCACGACUCGAUUACGAUUGAAGCGUAUGUGGCAUUCCGCUAUUUUUCUUUGAAAUAA